CUCCAGUCCCAGCCUUUUAUUCACCAGCUGCAUGACCUUAGAUGCUUCUUCCUCGGCAACUCAGUUUACUCAUCCGAAAAAUAGGGAUAGUAAUGGAUUGGAGGAGAGCAGGAAGCUUGUCACCCAAUGUCUCUAUAAAAAUAAAUGAUAAUGAGCGGUACAGUGCUUGGCAGCAGAUUUUGCUUACAAAUUCCGACCCCACAUCCUCCACAGAGGGGUUUCUGGCCGCAGUCCCUGGAGUUCUCCCGGAUGUGUCACUGCUCACCCCACACUUUCUGGUUCUCUCGAGCUGGGUAAUAAUGGACCCACACCUGUUUCUACCUCCAUGUGGGGGGCUGAGCGACGACCCCGUGCAGGCUUGCAAGGGGGGAUGUUCCUUAGAAGACGGUUGUUCUGGAGGUGCCUAGGCUUGUGGAACACCGCUCGGAGCCAGCAGGCGGAGCUUGGGUGGGGGCGGGGCUAGUUUACCAGGGGGUGGGGCUAUAGAGAUAAGGCGUUCUCUAGAACCCUGCGGGGGCGCGGAGGGCUCGCGUCGCCCCCACCUGGCUCUGGCGCCUGGAAAUGGGGCUUGGCAAUGGGGCGGGGCUCCGGGGGGUGAGGCUUAGGCUUGGGGGAGAGGCCCGGGAGCCUGGAGGCGGGGCUUGGGGAGCUCGCCCCACGCGGGGCGGGGCUCCAAAGGCCGCGGGAUCUGCAGUUCGGACUCCCCGCGCCACAGCCGCUGCAGUUCCCUCCACUGUGGUGGCCCCGCGGCCCUGCGGGGAGUCCGGGGGUCGGCUGGACGCUCGGACUUGGUGCAGAGCCGGCCCCGCCUCUCCCUUCUUCAGUGGGGCCUAGACGGUCGGGGCCGCGGUGACAUGGAGCCCUCUCCUGCCACAGGGGGCUCGGAGACCACUCGCCUGGUGAGCCCCCGGGACCGCGGCGGCGCCGGUGGCGGCCUGCGCUUGAAGAGUCUCUUCACAGAGCCCUCGGAGCCCCUCCCUGAGGAACCUAAACCUGAGGAGAUGCCCUUCCACCAUUGCCACAGGGACCCCCUGCCCCCGCCGGGCCUCACCCCUGAGAGGCUGCAGGCGCAGAGGCAGCUGUGUGCGGCCUGUGCUGUGUGCUGCGUCUUCAUGGCCGGGGAGGUGGUCGGUGGGUAUUUGGCGCACAGCCUGGCCAUCAUGACGGAUGCAGCCCACCUCCUGGCGGAUGUGGGCAGCAUGAUGGGCAGCCUCUUCUCCCUUUGGCUCUCAACCCGUCCAGCCACCCGCACCAUGACCUUUGGCUGGCACCGCUCAGAAUGGCCUUUGUGCUGCACCAGGCCGGGCCCCCCCACAGCCACGGGUCUAGGGGGGCGGAGUAUGCACCGCUGGAGGAGGGGCCGGGGGAGCCCCUGCCCCUGGGGAACACCAGCGUCCGGGCAGCCUUUGUGCAUGUGCUGGGGGACCUCCUGCAGAGCCUUGGGGUACUGGCCGCCUCUGUCCUCAUCUACUUCAAGCCUCAGUACAAGGCAGCUGACCCCAUCAGCACCUUCCUCUUCUCCAUCUGUGCCCUUGGAUCCACAGCUCCCACCCUCCGAGAUGUUCUUCGUGUCCUUAUGGAAGGUUCCCCCCGAAGUGUGGGGUUUGAGCCCGUGCGGGACACACUGUUGUCAGUGCCAGGAGUCCGGGCAACUCAUGAGCUGCACCUGUGGUCCCUUACGCUCACUUACCAUGUUGCCUCCGCACACCUGGCUAUUGACUCCACGGCCGACCCUGAAGCUGUCCUGGCUGAAGCCACAUCCCAGCUCCACUCCCGGUUUGGAUUCUCCAGCUGUACCCUGCAGGUUGAGCAGUACCAGCCCGAGAUGGCCCAGUGCCUGCGCUGCCGGGAGCCCCCCCAGGCCUGAGCCGAGGCUCUGCCCUCACCCCACUGCCAGGCCCUGGCUCAGCCCUGGACUCUCAGUACCUGCCUCCCCGCUCUCCGAAAAGGGACAGAACUGGGCCCAUACCCCUUCCUCUCUCCCUCCUUCCACCUGCCGGCGCCCCAGCCCCCAGCCCCAGUGGGCAAGACCAAAGUGGGUGUGGGGGGCGGGCAGGAGUCAGGCUGAAUGGGAAUCGAUUGGUGGGGGUGUGUAGAAGCCCCUCAGUCCCCACUCUAUGGUCUGGGGAGCACAAGCGUCCUCUCCAUGCAGUUCAUUUGUCUGUGUGGCAGGCUGGCUGGCUGGCUGGCUGGCUGGGGGCAUCUGCCUGUCUGUGUGCUGUUGGUGUGCCUAUGCCUGGGGGAGGUCAGCAGGGGCCCCCUCCCCACGUGGCCCUCGCUCUGUCUAUGCAGGAGCCCCAAAGCCCGCACUUUGUCCGUGUGUUCUAGCCCUGUGGUUUUGUCUCCGUGUGUGUGUGUUUCUUGGUGCUGUGGCCUGUGUGUCUCUGUGCCUAUGUGGCUGUGCUAUAGUCUCUCUGAGUCUGCACCAUCCAUGUGUCCUUUUGGGGGUCUGUCUGUCCAUCCCUCUGUUGGUGCUGUGCCCUCGGCUAUCCCAGAGAGAGGGAGGACUCCGCUGCAGCUCCACCAAUAAACUUGUGUCUAACUGCA